AAUGAAGAGGCGCUGCGACCGGUGAUUGGUCUGCUUGGAGAGGCUGGAGCGUGCCUGGCGGAGCGGGGUCUUGCCCGGGAGAGUGCGGGCUUAGCUGCUGUCCGGCCGGCCGCUCGGGGCGCUUCCUGCAGUGGCUCCAGCGCGUCGCAGGCGGCGCCUUGGGCUCCAGCGGGCGCAUCUGGCUUUCUCCCCCUGGAGAGAUGGGGCUGGUGGCGGGGCUGACCUUCUUCUUGUCCGUCGCUGCGGGGCUGCGCCUGGUGUGGUCGGGCUUGCCAGUUUCCCUGGAUCCGCCAUCCCUUAGCAUCCAAAAAUCUGUUCUUACUGUAGCUGCAAAUGAGACACUACAGAUUACUUGCAGUGGCGAAAGGGCUUUGGAAUGGCGUUGGCCUAACAACCAGAGUAGUUCUGAAAACCGGUUAGCAGUGACCGACUGUACUGACAAUAUCUACUGUAAGAUGCUCACACUUACAGAAGUAAUAAACAAUGAUACAGGGGCCUAUGAGUGCUUUUACCAAGACAACCACACAAUGUCCAGUAUUUAUAUUUAUGUGCAAGAUUUUAUGGAUCUUCUAGAUCACAGAUCUCCAUUUGUGACCUCAGUUACUGACCAACUUGGAGUUAUAUAUAUAACUGGAAACAAAACUGUUGUAAUACCAUGUCUUGGGUCUAUAACAAACCUCAAUGUUUCACUCUAUACGAAGUAUCCAGACAAGAUAUUUGUUCCUGAUGGUAAAUCAAUUGUAUGGGACAGUCAAAAGGGUUUCACUAUUCCCAGUAACCUGAUUGGCGACGUGGGCAUGGUCUUCUGCAAAGCUAAGAUCGAUGAUGAAAGCUAUCAAUCCAUGAUGUUCAUUGUGGUGGUUGUUGGUUAUAAAAUUCAUGAUCUCACUAUAAAUCCUCCUCAUCAAGUAGAACUGGCAGCAGGAGAGAAGCUAUCCCUCAAUUGUACUGCAAGGACAGAACUGAAUGUGGGAAUUGAAUUUGAGUGGGACUUCCCAUCAAGCAAAACAAAUAAGAAAAAACACAUUUCCAUCAGGGAGAUGAAGUCAUCGUCCGAUAAUGAAGUGAAGAGAUUUGUAAGUUCUCUCACCAUAGAACACGUGUCUGUGAAUGACCGAGGACGGUACAGUUGCACAGCUUCCAGCAGCCGCAUAACUAAGAGGAGCAGCGUCAACGUCAUUGUCCACGAAAAACCUUUCAUUAGUUUGGGCAGGAUGCCAUCUUUGGUGGAAACGAGCUUGAGUGCACCAGUCAGAAUUCCUGUGAAAUUCACAGCGUAUCCACCUCCGGAAUUAAAAUGGUAUAAAAAUGGAAAAGCCAUCACGGCAAAUCGUACAGUUAAACUUGGUCACUCCUUGACUAUUUCUGAAACAAGUGAAAGAGAUGCUGGGAAUUAUACAGUUGUACUAACCAAUCCUAUCAAUAAGGAACAGGAGAGACACACAUUUCAUCUGGUGGUGAACGUCCUACCACAGAUUGGAGAGAACGCUCUGUUAGCACCAGUAGAUUCUUAUAAGUAUGGCUCCACUCAGGCCCUAACAUGUACAGUGUAUGCUGUUCCAUCAGUGUCCAAGAUUCAGUGGUACUGGCAGUUUGAAGAAGAAUGUACUUUCAACCCUCACCAAACUGGAAUGGGGAGCAAUCCUUAUGCCUGUAAGAAAUGGAAAGACAUAACUGAUAGAAGAGGUGGAAAUCACAUUGAAACAGUAAAAAAUCAAUUCGUCGCCAUUGCUGGGAAAAUGAAGACUGUAAGCACGCUUGUAAUCCAAGCAGCAAAUGUGUCCGCUCUGUAUAGAUGUGUGGCCAGUAAUAAAGUUGGAGAAGGCGAGAGAGUAAUUUCGUUUCAUGUUACCAGAGGCCUUGAAAUUAAUCUUCAACCUCACAGUCAACCUAUUGAGAAGCACAAUGUAUCCUUGCAGUGCAUGGCGGACAAGCUCACAUUUGAAAACCUGACCUGGUUUAAAUUCACCCCUCGGGCCUCUAAGAUGUAUCUUGGUGGGCUGCCGUUGCCUGUUUGCAAGAACCUAGAAGCUCUUCAGAAACUGACUGCUGUUGCUGAAAGAGCCAAUGGGGAAAACAUUACUCUGAGGCUACUCUUCCAUAAUAUCUCCCUCCAAGAUAGUGGGGAUUAUGUAUGCAUCGCCCAGGACAGAAAGACCAAAACACAGCAGUGUCUUGUCAAACACCUCACUGUUCAAGAACCAGUGGCACCCACCAUUACGAGGACCCCUGCGAAUCAAACAGCAGAUAUUGGUGAAACAAUAGAAGUGUCUUGCAUAGCAAAUGGAAUCCCUUCUCCUCUAAUCACUUGGUUUAAAAACAAUGUAUCCCUUAUUGAAGAUUCAGGUAUUGUUCUGAAGGACGGGAACAGAAUUCUUACCAUACGAAGGGUGAGGAAAGAAGACGAAGGCCUCUACAGCUGCUCUGCAUGCAACAUCCUUGGUUGCACAAAAGUGACUUCAUUUUUUGCUGUGGAAGGCACUGAUGAGAAAACGAAGCUCGAGUUCAUUAUCCUGGUUGGGACCGCAGUAAUUGCCAUGUUCUUCUGGUUGCUCCUCGUAAUAAUUCUCCGGACCGUUAAACGGGCCAAUGGAGGAGAAUUGAAGACUGGCUACCUCUCCAUUAUCAUGGAUCCUGAUGAAGUCCCUAUGGAUGAGCAAUGUGAACGUCUUCCGUAUGAUGCCAGCAAGUGGGAGUUCCCCAGGGACCGCCUAAACUUAGGGAAACCACUUGGCCGGGGAGCAUUUGGCCAAGUUAUUGAGGCAGAUGCAUUUGGAAUUGACAAAACUGCUACCUGCAAAACAGUUGCGGUGAAAAUGCUUAAAGAGGGUGCAACCCACAGUGAACACAGAGCACUGAUGUCUGAGCUCAAAAUCCUAAUUCAUAUUGGUCAUCAUCUCAAUGUGGUUAACUUACUGGGGGCCUGCACAAAACCGGGAGGACCACUCAUGGUGAUUGUGGAAUACUGCAAGUUUGGGAAUCUGUCAGUGUAUCUGAGAAGCAAGCGGAGUGAUUUUGUCCCAUACAAGACCAAAAAUGCAAGGUAUAGGCAUGUAAAAGACAAUCAUGUUGGUGAAGUCUCUGCGGAUCUGAAGAGACGUCUGGACAGCAUUGCAAGCAGCCAGAGCUCAGCAAGCUCAGGAUUUGGAGAGGAGCGAUCCCUCAGUGAUGUAGAAGAAGGUGAUGCAGCAUCUGAAGAUCCUUGCAAAAACUCUCUGACCCUGGAGGACCUCAUCUGUUAUAGCUUCCAAGUAGCCCGGGGGAUGGAAUUCCUGGCCUCAAGAAAAUGUAUCCAUAGAGACCUUGCUGCUCGCAACAUCCUCUUAUCAGAGAACAACGUGGUCAAGAUUUGUGAUUUUGGAUUGGCUCGAGAUAUCUACAAAGAUCCCGAUUAUGUGAGGAAAGGAGAUGCUAGGCUACCCUUAAAGUGGAUGGCACCUGAAACCAUUUUUGAUCGAGUGUAUACGAUUCAAAGUGAUGUGUGGUCUUUUGGUGUACUGCUGUGGGAGAUAUUUUCAUUAGGAGCGUCCCCGUACCCUGGUGUAAAGAUUGAUGAAGAAUUCUGUAGAAGACUGAGAGAGGGAACAAGGAUGAGGGCCCCAGACUAUACAACACCUGAAAUGUAUCAGACCAUGUUGGAUUGCUGGCAUGGAGAACCCAAACAAAGACCCACUUUCUCAGAGUUGGUGGAACAUCUGGGGAAUGUACUACAAGCAAAUGUUCAUCAGGAUGGUAAAGACUAUAUUGUCCUUCCUCAAACUGCUUUGCUGAAUAUUGAAGAGGACUCUGGACUCUCCCUGCCCACCUCACCUGUUUCCUGCAUGGAGGAAGAGGAAGUGUGCGACCCCCAGUUCCAUUAUGCUGAUACCUCAGCAAUGAGUGAGCAUCACAAAGGAAGUAUAAGAAGGAGCCGUCCGGUGAGCGUAAAGACCUUUGAAGAUGUACCUAUAGAACCAAUGGUAAAAGUGGUUCAGGAGGAUAAUCAGACAGAUAGUGGAAUGAUUCUUGCAUCAGAAGAGCUCAAAACUCUAGAAGAGGAAGCUAAACUGUUGAUGUUGCCCUUUAGUGGAUUGGUCUCCAGUAAAAGUAAUGAAUCUGUUAUGUCUGAAGCGUCAAACCAGACAAGUGGCUACCAGUCAGGAUAUCAUUCAGAUGAUAUGGACACCACAGUUUAUGCUGGUGAAGAAACUGAACUCUUACCUAUAACAGAAGAUCUUUCUCAGACUUCCUGUGCACUGUUAUGUGGCCCUGAGAUACAUCCUGUUUAAAAAAAAGGGGGGGGGGAGAAGGACCCUCCUAAAUAAAUAACACAAUUUCUCACUGAACAUUGCCUUUUUCUUAAACCAGUGGUAUUCGAUGCCCACAACAUCUGCAGUCACAGGAUUAGAAAAAGUAUGUGUUUCUCGACAUCUUCUUUGAUAAGAAGGACAAGUGCUCCAUGAACUAUUGGAACCAAUGUUUUAAGUUUUUAAAGAAUCUCUGAUGUCACCAAGCACUGUAUCGGACAAACGAAGCUUUGACUCUCAAAAGCUUAUGCCUGGAAAAUCGUACUGGUCUCUGCUGUGCUACUGGACUCAAAUAUAGCUCUUCUGUGCCAAAACAACAUGGCUACCCUCCUGAAACCAGGAGCUUCGCAUGAAUAUCUAUCCGUUGAGAUUAUUUCAAUUAUUAUGCCAAAUUGCCAACAGUAAGACAUAAAUGAAAUGUUGUUUUGACACUUUAUGUCUGUGCAAGUGUAAGAAGAAGGAUUAGCAUUCAGUCACAAUCAUUUGGAUUUUCGGUUUUGAUAAUAAAUGGAGUUCUAAGUGCCUUCAAGAAGACUUCAUAGGUUGCUUCUGGAUGUAAGUUGUAUACAGCUGAUCAGAAUUGUUGAUGGACCUGCUUAAUAUAGCACUGCAAACCCCUUCCAUCAAAGGAACCCAUUGUUUAAAUGUCCAUGACAAUACUGCUAAAACAAUACUAGUGAAUGAAAGACUACCAACAAGUGACUGUUCUCCUUUCAGAAAGAGCUUGUUUUUGACUGUAUGGCCUUUGAUCAGUUGAGACUCUUGAAAUGAACAUUUUCCGACCUUGGCUUUGACCUUGGCUUUGUCAAUACAUACAAAAUCUGCGAAAGGAUCCAGGAGUUUCACCUUAGGUGCUGGUGAUAUUUGCCUCUGUGGACAAACGAGCAAAUCCCAACAUAUCUAGAAUGUAAUCCAGCAAGGAACCUAGCCAGAGGUGGGAUCCAACCAGUUCUCACCACUUCUCUAGAAGUGGUUACUAAUUUUUUCUGAGUGCCGAGAAGGGAUUACGAAAGCAACCUCGCUGCCAAAUAGGGACUGGAGGUGCGUGUGUGCGGUGGCGCCACUGUUUGAAUCCCACCACCAUCGGAACCUGUUAUUAAAUUUUUUGGAUCCCACCACUGAACCUAGCCAUUAAAUCCAUGUGUAUCAAUAGCAUAUAACUUAAGUAGCUGCUCAAAUUUUGAGUGAUACUUUUGAAGUAUAGGCAUUGUUAACCAGUCUUCUCUUUGGGAGGCUCAGAGUUCUAACAAUGUAUUAUGUAUUUUACAAGUCAUUUUUUUAAAAGAAAAGAAACUGUAGAGCUAUUUUGACUGACGUAUUUUUUACUUUUGUAUUUUUUACUUUUUAUUCAUGUUUUUAUACCAUAAUAUUCAAGUGCUGGGAACCUAUGAAUUGUCAAAAAAAAUAUGGCAGUGCAGUAUUUAUAGUUUGGUUGUGUAGAAAGAAAUGUAAUAUAUUAAAAUAAAUGUAUAUUAUAUAUUA